AUGAUGGUGUUUUUAAACAGUACGUAUAGUAUGUGUAAAGAUUUCAUUGUGCGUAAAUUGAGCAUUUCAAGAAAGACGAAAAUUUUUAUAAUUAACAACUUUUUGUUUUUAUCGUUUAUUUUAUUUUAUAUUUCGUAUUAUUUUUUCAUCAAUGGGAUCAUCAAUCCGGCAGUGAAAAUCGUUUUCCAUGGAAGUAUAAUAAGUGACAACACAAUGGUGUACGAAAAUUCAAUUCUGGAAUCCAUAUGGCUACUGUUUACGAAUGGGAGUUAUUUCAAUAUGGCAUUACUGCUAUUUUUUUCAAUAAUAAUACCAAUACUAAAGUUUAUUAUGGUUAGUGAUAAUUUUUAUAGUUUUUUUAAAUUAUAUAAUUUAAGUUUAAAACAUGAAGAAGAAGAAAAGGAAGAAGAUGAAGAGGAUAUAUUUUUUAUUAAUACAAUAAAUGAGAAUGAACAAUAUAUUUUAAAAAAAUUUAGUAUUUUAAGUUCAAUUUCAAGGUUUCAAUUUGUAGAUGUUUUAAUAUCAUUAUUUAUUGUUUCUUCAUUAAAUUUAUAUUUGUUAGAAGCAAGAAUAUUAAUUGGAGCUUAUCAUUUUUUAAAUUAUUGUGUUUUGUCAACAAUAUCAUCUUUUUUUUUAUUAACAUUGACAUCUGUUAAAAUUAGAAUUUUUAAAAAAGGAAAUAUAAAAAUUUAUUCUCGUCCGUCGGAAAAAAUGGGCGAUGAUAAUAGCCCCAAUUCGACCAUAUGUAAUACAGAGAAUGACAGUAAUAAGCUGGCUAGAAAUAGGAUGCAAAGUGGGAUCGAUGAUAUGUUGUGUAGCUACAACGGUGCAGGGGAAGAGGAAAACCAAGUCCAAAGGAAGAAGGAAGAGGGAACUUCCCCUAGUGAGGAUGGAAGUAGAGGAAGAAGCAAAGGGAAGGGAAAGAGGGUAAGUAAAGAUGCGGAGACCAUAGGGAAGAGUAGCAUGGGUAAUGGUAAAGGGAGCAACGAUAAGGAAGAAGCGAGAAAGGGAAUUUCAGGUAGUAGUGGACAAAAGAGGAACGAUAAGGAAGCUUCAUAUAAAGGAAACUCAGGCAGUGGAAGGAGGAAGAGAAGUGAGGAGGAGGGAGGAGGCGCAGAUGGCAGAAAGGGAAAGACAAACAUAUUUACACACAUUAACGAUAAGAAUAAUCUAGAGCACGAAAAGUAUGAGAAGCAGUUAUUAUGUUAUAACAAAUUACAAACAUUAAGUAAUAUAAGUCAUUUUUAUAAAAUAAUGAAAAAUAAUGAUGCGUAUAUUUAUUUAAAAAAAAAAAAAUUUAAUUCUUUAUUGAAAACGAAUUGUCAAAAAAGUCCAUUAAAUAUAAUAAAAUUAAGUUAUGGAUUAUUUUUAUUUUUAUAUUUAUGUUUAUGUAUAUAUUUGAUAACAGUUGUCGAAUGUAGUAUGGUAGGAAUAUACAUAUAUCUAAGCUACUUUAAUUUUAACAUAGAAGGAAUAUUAAUAGAUUUUAUAGAUAUGUUAAAUAUAUUAAAAUUAAAAAUAAAUAGGCAGUAUAUAUAUCCAUUUUUUAUUAUGUUUCCAUUUAUAUUUCCAUUAAUUAUUGCCAUUUCCUUUUUUUUAAGUGUUUUGUUUAUGAAUUUAUAUUAUGUUAAUUUUUCACUAUGGUAUAAAAAAGUAUGUGCUUUAAAUGAUGAGUUAGUAUUUGAUCCGGAAAUUGGAGAUAAUCAAAAAAUGACUGUAUCAGAAAGAUAUAAUUAUUUAUAUAUAAAAAAAGAAAUAGAAAAGAAUGAUAAACUAUCCAAUACAUCAGAUGAUUUAUCUUCUCCAAAUAAUAGUACCAUAUCAAGUAGUAAAAGUGAAGAUAUAAAUACUAGUUUUAUAUAUUGUAAAAUUUUGAACCUUUAUUUUUGUUUAUCUGUUUUUUUUUCCUAUAUAUGUUCAUUAGUUCUUCAUCUCUCUUUAGGGGAAAUUAUUUCUAUCGCAUUAUUAACAUUUUAUCAAAUAGUGAAGCAUACUCAUAAUUUGAAUAUACAAAUAUUAUAUAGUAGUAAUAAGGUAAAAUUUUGUAAAUUUUUAUUAUUUGUUAUAUAUGGUUUGAUUUGCUUUUCUAUAAAUAUUUAUGUAAGGCAGUGGAAAUUGUAUAUAAACAAAUUGGAUAAAACCAAGAAAAGAAUUUUGUUAUUUGAAAAAAACAGACAUAGUGAAAUAGUAGAUUUGAAUAUUCAGAAACAGGAGAAUUGGCAAGUCCCAAUAUAUUCCUACUUUUUUGGUUUCAUAUUUAAAGUGAAGAAUUACUACUACAAUAGUAGCAGUAAUUGUAAUAAUAAUAAUAAUAAUAACAGUAACAAUAACAAUAAUAGUAACAGUGGUAGUGAAAGGAAUUCAUCCAGAAAGGAACAUACAGAUACUGUUCAAACAGUACACCAAAUGGAUGAUAACGAUUUAUACUUUAUAGGUUAUCAAAACACUCGAAUAGACAAUGAAGAAAUGAAUGAGUUAAACUUUAUGGAAACUAAUAAUUCCAAGCGGCAUUUGACACAUAAUACAAGUAGGAACAACGAGGCUAAUGAGUGUUUCGUUAAUAAUAGUGCUUUGUUGUGCAGUCAGAACGAGGGAAGGGAAGGGGAUGCUUUGUCCUAUGUGGAAAGAGAUCAAAAGGUGGAAAGCGGUGCUGGCCCCCCACGGGAUUCGAGCCGCACGCAUUCUAAGCGGAACCGCGAUCGUGAUGAUGAAGCUAAAUUGCAAUCCCAGUCAAUACCCCCCGAGAAGGAGCAGAAGCAACAGCUACGGACAGAGGACGGAAUGUCGACAACAAAAAACGAGCAAAGGAGUUGUUUAAAGAACAUCAUACCGAUUAAAUCAAUUCUGUUAUUCCAAUUGGAAAAGAGGAAAAGGAAAAAGAAAGGAAGUGGAGGAGCAGGAGGAGGAGAUGUAAUGACAAAAUUGUUCAUAUUCAUUCACACCAUUUUGUUUAUUUGUAUAUUUAUAAUAUCUAUAAUGACCUUUUUCGAAAAAGAAAAGGUACUUAGAUUCGAUAUGCAGUCAGUGAAUAAAACAUUGAAUACAUUUUUCAAAUCAUCGAAUUUUUAUGCGUUAAUACCAAACAGCAUAGGUAAGUGUAGAACGAAGAAAUAUCUUGCUAAAGAACCAUGUUAUAAUGUAGGACGUAUAUAUCAUGAAGAGAAAACAUUCUAUCAUGCAACUCUCUUAUUUUUACAAGGAAUAAGUUCAAUAAAUGUCGAAAAUUUAAAUUUUUUUUAUGAUAAGGGGAAAUAUUAUUUAAAUUUAGAAGGUCAUUUUAAGCAUAUAAUUGGUCCAUUAUUUUUAAAAUUAUGUAUUGGAACAAAUUUCUGCCCUAUCAGUACUUAUGCAUUUUUAAUAGGAAGUACCCCAACCUUUUCCAUAACCAUUGGUGCUACAUGUAAUCACAACAAGAUACCUAAUUAUAUAAGUGAUAUAUUUGUGAAGGAUUUGAAAAUUACAAAAAUCGAAGUAAUCAAACAUUCUGAUAUAAUUGAAAAUGUAGAUAUACCUUUAGACGAUGUACAAGAACGUGUACAGGAAAAAGUAAAUUCUAUGCUUUCAGAAAGGAAGAGAUUUAUUGUGUGGAAAAGUCAUAAGUAUAAUUUGGAAGGCUUUAUUAAUUAUCUGAUAUCAAAGAAUGCCUUGUCUGGUUUUUCGUGUGUACCUUUGAACAAUUAG